AUGGCCGACUUCCAAGCAAAAUCCGAUGUUUUCCUGAACUGGUUCAAAUCUCAAUCUGGAGCCACGUUCGAUUCGCGUCUCCAACUUACCGAUCUGAGAGAUAGAGGCGCAGGACGAGGUAUCAUCGCCACCUCGGACAUCCCAGCCGAAACAGAUCUCUUUACCAUUCCUAGAAACAGCGUCAUCAGUGUCGAGAACUCGGAUCUGUCGAAGAAAUUGCCGAGAAUCUUUACUGGAUUGAAGAAUCUCGAUGCUGAUGGUGAUGAUGGCAUGGCUGAUGGAGAUGACGAUGACGAGGACGAGAAUUUGAAUAUGCCUGAUCCUUGGUUGGAUCUGAUCAUGGUUAUGGUGUAUGAGUAUUUGCAGGGCGAGAACUCUGCUUGGAAGACUUAUUUCGAAGUUCUGCCUCAGACUUUCGACACCCUGAUGUUCUGGGGACAGAGUGAACUCAAUGAGUUGCAGGCUAGUGCAGUGAAAGACAAGGUUGGCAAAGAGUCUGCCGAUGAGAUGUUCAAAACAAAGGUCUUGCCUGUCGUCAAGGCCCACGAGGAUAUCUUCUACGCUGGCGGUGCUCAGAAGCUUUCUGAUGAGCAGGUUGUCGAGCUCGCACACCGUAUGGGCAGUAUCAUCAUGGCCUACGCUUUCGACUUGGAGAACAAUGAGGAAGACGAAGACGAUGAGCAGGAAGGCUGGGUCCAAGACUUGGAGGGCACUCAAGCAAUGGGCAUGGUGCCCAUGGCCGAUAUGCUCAACGCUGACGCAGAGUUCAACGCGCAUCUCAACCAUGGUGAGGAUUCAUUGACAAUGACCUCGUUGAGAGAAAUCAAGGCUGGAGAGGAGGUUCUCAACUACUACGGUCCUCUACCAAACUGCGACCUCCUGCGUCGUUAUGGCUACACUUCAGCCAAACACUCGAGAUACGACGUUGUCGAAGUGCCUUGGGAGAUCAUCGCCAGCACUAUCGACAAGAGAUACACUGGCAAGAAAGGUGCGCUAGAUGAGGAAGACAUGGAAGAAGGCUUUGUGCUGGAGCGCGACUCUGGCGAGCCUGACGAUACUGGCAUCAACACUCACCCAGCAAAGUUCGUCGCUUUCCCCGAGGAACUUGAGGAGCAAGUUUGUCAAGUCAUCGGUCCGGCAAUGGGCAUUGACGUGAACCGCGGACCGAACAAGGCACAGCAAUCCCGAUCUUGA